UGUAUGAAAAUAUUAUGAAUUUUAUCAUUGAUUAUUUAACGUUUGUUAAACAAACAUGUCGAUCAUCCAUGAAGAAAAAUUUAUAUUUCAAAAUAACUCUUAUUUUUUUAUAUUACAUAUUAAUAAAAUUAAAAAGAUUAAAACAAAUGAAAAUAAAUGUACUUUCAUUACCUGACGACGUUUUCGAUCAUAUAAUUUAUAAAUAUUAUGACAACGAAAAAUUCUAUGUAGGUACUAUAUCAUGUGCUUUUGGAAUAAUUGAUAGCAACAAUCCUCAACCAACGUGGAUAAACAUUUGUAGUACCAAUUCAAAAAGAAAAUAUAAAAUAUUUGUGAUACCAUUUAAUAAUGCUACGAGAAAUGAAAUUUAUACUUCUGAAACUUCAUUGUUUAAUAUUGAAAAAUUACUUGAUGUUAAUAAAAAUUCAUCAUACUUCUUGGUUCCUACCGAUCAAAAACACUCAGAAUGGGCACAAGAAAUAAAAGUGUCACUUUUAUCGAACCCUUAUGAAUGUACAAAUGAUCUAAUAGACUCUCUAUUAAAGAAUUAUUUUUCUUAUCCUCGAUAUUUAAGAAGAAAUGAUUUCAUUAACAUUUCAAUUAAAAGAUACGCACCAGAAUUUUUAUAUACUAUGGGACAACCUUCAUUGACUAAUUUAUAUUUCAAAGUAAAUAAUAUUAAAAUUAAUAACGAAAGCACGUGUAGAUCUUGUUAUGUUUCUCAAAAUAAGUCAACACUUAUUCAAGAAUCUACAGCUUUUGAAUAUCUUCCUCCAUCAUAUUCCAUUCCUUUAUUACAAGAUUGUGCUUCAACUGUAGAAGAAGAAAUCAAACGAAAUAACGUUAAUAAUUAUCCAUUUCUUUCGUCCAAACCAUUUGAAAUUCUAAAAGCUUCAAUACUUCCAUUCGUGAUUUCAGAUAAUUGGAAAGAGCUUAAACCAGUAUUUUUGAUAAAAGGUCCAUCAGGAUGUGGGAAAUAUAAACUCAUAAAUAGUGUUGCAAAAUAUAUGGGUUUUAAUUUCUAUAAUAUUGAUUGUUCUGAAAUUCAGACCGUAUCACCUUCUCAAACAGAAGCUAAACUUCGAUUAGCUUUUAAUCAAGCUGAACAAUCAGUUCCAUGUAUACUUAAAUUAAGUAAUAUACAAAUUUUUGGCAAAAAUGCAGAAGGAAAAAUCGACGAAAGAAUCACAUCCAGUUUUUCUGAGCAGUUAAAUGAUUUAUAUAAAACAAAGAUGACAUUACCUUUGAUAAUUAUAGCCACGCUAGAAGGAACUGAUAUUCCUUUAGAUAUCAAAAGGAAUUUUAUCGAAGAAAUUCAGAUUGAUCAUUUAACUCAAAAUGAACGAAUCGAAUUACUUGAUUGGUUUUUAAAAGUAAAUGGAAUAAAAUAUCAAGCGGAUUUAUCAAAAAUAGCAUCGAUGUGUUCAGGUUAUACAUUCUAUAAUAUAGAAAAUUUAACAUUACAAGCGAUUACAAAUUAUCACAAGCGAAUUUUAACUGAAGGAGAAUUAAAUAUAAAUGAUGAUGAUUUUCUAAAGGCACACAAUGACCUACGAUCCAUUUUUUCCAGUCAAAUCGGAGCUCCAAAAUGCCCAGAAGUGUAUUGGAAAGAUAUCGGUGGACUUGCAAAUUUAAAACACGAAAUUAUUCGUCGAAUUGAAAUCCCUUUAAUUCAUGGAUUUGGAGUUCAAAGUGGUGGUAUAUUAUUUUACGGACCUCCAGGAACGGGAAAAACACUUUUAGCUAAAGCAGUAGCUACUGAAUGUAAGCUGAACUUUCUAGCAGUAAAAGGACCGGAAUUAUUGAAUAUGUACGUUGGGCAAAGUGAAAAAAAUGUAAGAGAUUUAUUCGAACGUGCACGAGCUGCAUCACCUUGUAUUAUAUUUUUCGAUGAGUUGGAUGCUCUUGCACCAAAUCGUGGCCGUAGUGGUGACAGUGGAGGCGUAAUGGAUCGUGUAGUAUCUCAAUUAUUGGCUGAAAUGGAUGGCCUUGGUAGUUCUGCAAAAACUUUUAUAAUUGGUGCUACAAAUAGACCAGAUUUAAUUGAUCCUGCCCUUUUACGACCAGGACGAUUUGACAAAUUACUUUAUAUUGGAGUUUAUUCUGAUCCAGAUUCUCAAUUGAGUGUAUUGCAAGCAAUCACUCGUAAGUUUCAUUUAGCAGAUAAUGUAAAACUUGAUGAUAUUGUGAAUAAGUUACCGUCCAAUUUAACUGGUGCUGAUUUACAGUCAUUAUGCUCAAAUGCCUGGCUUAAUGCAGCUCGUAACGUAAUAGAAACUUAUGAAAAAUCAUUGAAAAGUGUUGAUCCUCAAAAAAAAUUAGAAAAUGUUAAUCAAAAACCGAAAGGUCCGAUAAAAGUAUGUUUGAAUAAUUUUCUUGAAGCACUACAUACAUUGGUGCCUUCUAUCAGUAAAGAAGAGUUAAAUCGAUACGAACAACUUCAUCAACAAUUAACUUUAAAAAAAUGAAAACACAAAUGACAACAAAAUUUUUUUUCCAUUUUCAACAAAUCGAAACCAAUUAUGUACAACAUAAAAUUGGAAAAUUUUAAUAAUUUGUGAUUAAUUAUGUACAUAUAGAUUCAUAAAUGUAUAUAUGGAAUUAGUAGAAUGGUUUUUUAUAAUUAAAAAAAAAAAAAAAACUUUUGAUACGUAGAAUUC